GUAUUUAAAGAUCUGCUUAUUGUGAAGCUGCAAAAUGACAAAAGACACAGAAACGCUAAUACGGCUACCAAAAAGAAAGCAGAGCUCGCAUGACUGUCUGAUCAAAAAUUCUGGCUGUUUGUGGCUGUCACUGACAUCAGUGUUUACGAUAGUACUGAUAGCAUGCUUCACGUUGCUGUGGGUAUAUAUUUCCUCAGGCCCUUCUCGAGAUCCUGGGUCCAUUGUUCAGCGUUUAUUCUUCCGAGUCAAAGCGGCUGGAACAAACGUAAAACAAGAAUGUGCAAUUACGGAUGAGAGAAAAUUUGACUGCCACCCAGAAGUCGGUGCUACGAAAUCCAUUUGUGCUUCUCGUGGCUGUUGCUGGAAACCAACCACCCCGUCUGCUUCAAACUUAAAUUCAGUGUCUUCCGUUGGCGUGCCAUCUUGCUUUUAUCCCCUGAACUACACAGAAUAUCACGUUGGUAAUAUUUCACGGACCUCAGAUAAAAUCACUGCUUUUUUGUCAAGAAACACCAGUUCAUAUUACAAAGAAGAUGUAAAACUUCUGAAACUGGUUGUAACAUAUGAGUCAAGUUAUAGAAUCCAUAUAAAAAUAUAUGAUCCUUUGCACCCAAGAUAUGAAGUUCCAGUUGAAAUAAACAAGCCAGCAAAGAUAUUCGGUUCUUCUUCAGCUGCUUCAUCCUUUGACAUAAAGAUAACAGAGUCUCCCUUCAGCUUUCAAGUGUACAGGAAGGAUGGACAUGUCAAACUUUUAGACACCAGUGUUGGUGGCUUCAUCUUUGCUGACCAGUUUCUACAGUUGUCCACACUGCUGCCCAGCAGGUAUGUCUAUGGAUUGGGUGAGCACAGGGCCACACUGCUGCACUCACUGAACUGGACCAGGGUCACUCUAUGGAAUAAGGACAGGCCACCAGUGGAGCACAGCAACCUUUAUGGGUCACACCCUUUCUAUCUGGUGAUGGAGGAGGAUGGUAGAAGUCAUGGAGUCUUUUUGCUGAACAGCAAUGCUAUGGAUGUUAUUCUUCAGCAUGCGCCAGCUAUUACCUGGAGGGCCAUUGGUGGUAUCCUAGACUUCUAUAUCUUCACAGGUCCAAGUCCAGCCAAUGUCAUUUCUCAAUACACAGAGCUCAUUGGCCGCCCAUUUAUGCCACCAUAUUGGAGUUUAGGGUUUCAUAUCUGUCGCUAUGGUUACAAGUCAGUCAAUCAGACCCUGGAUGUUGCUCUACGAACUCAUGCUGCUGGAAUCCCUCAGGAUGUCCAGUGGGAUGAUCUUGACUACAGCUAUGGCUGGAUGGACUUCACUUAUGAUGCCGAGAGGUUUGGAGAUGUGCCAGGACUGGCAAGGACACUGCAUGACAUGGGCAUGCACUACAUGAUGAUCUUUGAUCCUGGCCUAAGUAAUUCUCAGCCCAUUGGAUCUUAUUUGCCAUAUGACUAUGGUAUGGAAUUAGACCUCUUUAUCAAGGAUAAUGUCACAGGAAAACCACUUGUUGGGAAGGUGUGGCCAGGUACUACAGUGUGGGUGGACUGGACCCAUCCCAAGGCUCAGAAGUACUGGACCACCUUGGUGACUGGCUUCCACAAUCAGGUGGAAUUUGACGGGAUGUGGGUGGACAUGAAUGAACCUUCCAACAUGGUCAAUGGGGCAGUGGAUGGUUGCCCCAAAAAUUCUUCUCUGGAAAACCCACCAUAUGUCCCAGCAGUUCAUGGAGGAAGUCUGAAAUUUUUCACCAUCUGCCCGUCAUCCACUCAGUACACCUCCUCACACUACAACCUGCACAACUUGUAUGGGCUGAUGAUGACCAAAAUGUCCCACAAUGCUUUGUUGAAUGCUCGACCAAACCAACGUCCAUUUGUCAUCUCAAGAUCCACGUAUCCAGGUCAAGGCAGGUAUGGAGGCCACUGGACUGGAGACAAUGCUGCCACCUGGCAUGACUUGUAUGCCUCCAUUCCAGGCAUCCUGAACUUCAAUUUGUUUGGAAUUCCUAUGGUUGGAGCUGACAUCUGUGGGUUCAGAAUGAACACCACAGAGCCAUUGUGUCAGAGGUGGUACCAGCUUGGUGCCUUCUACACCUUUUCACGCUCACAUCAGGAAAGAGAUACAAAUAGUCAUGAUCCUACCAUGUUCAGUAAAACGUUGAUAGACUCUACCAGGAAAGCCUACUUGCUGAGGUAUAGCUUGUUACCACACCUUUACACACUGUUCUAUAACAGUCACACCAGAGGAGAAACAGUACUCAGGCCUUUAUUCUUUGAAUAUCCAAAAGAUAAAAAUACAUACGGUAUUGACCAACAGUUUAUGUGGGGAAAAUGUUUUCUGAUAUCACCUGUGCUUUCUGAGAACACUACAGAAGUCCAGGGGUAUUUUCCAAAAGGUAGCUGGUACGACAUUCAGACGGGGAGUCAACAGAAAUCCAAUGGACAAUAUGUUACCAUAGCAACUCCAUUAGAUAAGAUAAAUGUUCACUUGAGAGAGGGCUGUGUCAUAGUGACACAAACACCCAAUCUCACUACAACAAUGAGUCGGAAAAACAAGUUUGGUCUGGUGGUAGCAUUGUUGGAUGAUGGGAAAAGCGAGGGAGAGUUGUAUGCAGAUGAUGGAAAGUCAGCAGACUCUAUCCAGAAGUCAAAAUAUAAUAGAAUCUUAUUUUCAGCCAGUAAAAAGGACAGACAGAUUACCUCGGCGGUGGACCACCUGGGGUAUCAUGAAGACAUGGUGCUGGGGAACCUCACUAUAUUUAACAUAGGAACCAAGCCAAGUCAGUUAACAGUCAAUGGAGUGCUGUGUAAUUUUACCUUCUCACAAAAUCAGGUGAUAAAUGUGGAGGGAUUGACUGCAGAUUUGAAGAAAAGACUGACAGUCAAGUGGACAUGAUUACAAACUUGAUUUUGGGAAUAUGAGUGGGGAGAUAAUUUUUGAAACAUUUUAAGCCAUAAGUUAUUUUAUUAUGAACAGAUUAAUCAUGCUAUCAUUUUAACAAUUACUUGUUGAUAAAAACAAACCAGGGACACAGACAGUGGGAAUAGGAGAGAAAUAUCAGGAAAUGCAUUUGAAUACAGCUUUUUGAAUAAAUAAACAAAGUGAAUCUGCCAAUGGCCAUUCAGGGAGAAAUAUCAUCUGUCACUCGAAGCGGGCACUAGGGCUUUUACUUCAUUUAGAAUGCUUUGUAUAUUUACCUGUAGGUAAAUCCACAGUCCUGACUAAACCUUGGGUUUGUUAUUUUACAAAAUAUUUGUUUUAAUAAGAUAUAUUUUCAAGGUAUUUUUAUGUACAGACACAGAUGUGUCUGCACAUAUAGCUGUCACUUGCAUCUGUUUCAAAACAUGAAACAUUUGUUUUGUAUUGCUACCUUUCAUAUAUAUUUCAACUUAAAAAUUCAUCUAGUUUCAAUAGUUUUGGGGAUAAGGUUAAAGGGUCUCAUAAGUGAUAGAAAACAACCCAUUUUCUACCAAUGUCUAAUUUAUAUUGCCUGUUGUAGCCUAAACCAGCAGGAUUUAUGGUACAUUGGAUGUGAAUUUAAAUGAGUGUGUGCAAAAAUCAUCAUUCAUUUUUAAUAAUAACUUUUAUUGAACCAGAUCCUGUUAAACACCAUAUUACAACAUGA